AUGCCUUUAAAGAAGCUUUGGAAGGCGACGGCUGCUGGAAACCGCAAGGCCGCAUACCACAGUCAUCUGUGCGCCAGCAUCGAUGGCGAUGCUUGGCAUGUUGGGGCCGGUGUCUCCAUGACGGCAGCGGCCGUGCAGAUGGCCAUCGAAAAACUGAAGAGCGACAACGUCAAGGCUGUACUUCGGGAGGAGUUGUAUGCGAAGGCCAUGGCGGAAGCCAACCGUAUCUUGCCGCAUUCUCAACUUUGGCAAAGGCUCCCAGGGACAGAGCACCGCAAAAGAAAGCAUGAGCUCUUUGAAGAAAAGACGGGUGGAAGCCGGGGGGUGCGCGACGCGGCCAAAGAAUUCUAUGACUGGCUUGGGCAGGAGCAUUCCGCUUUGCGCGGUUUGCUGUCCAUCUUGUCUGCGGACAACGUGUUUUACACGGGCUUCGCAGCAGAGAAAGUGACGCUAAUCGACGCGUGA